AUGAAAAUAUGGGAGAGGAUAAAUGAACGUAGGUUAAGGAAGGAAACCGUCAUAGGUGAUGAGCAGUUUGGGUUUAUGCCGGGGAAAGGAACCACGGAUGCAGUGUUUGCGCUAAGGCAAUUGAUGGAAAGGCAUAGGGAAAUGGGGCAAGGCCUGCACAUGGUUUUUAUAGAUCUAGAGAAAGCCUGUGAUAGAGUGCCAAGGCAGGAGCUCUUGAGAUGCAUGAGAAGGAAGGGGGUGACAGAAAAAUAUGUUCGGAUCAUCCAGGACAUGUAUGAAGGAGCAAGAACUCAGGGGUUUGCAGACAACAUUUUUAUCGCCAGUACCAGCAAAAAGGAGAUCGAGCGUAAAUUAGAUCAAUGGAUAAAGGCUUUAGAGGACAGAGUCUUAAAAAUCAGCAAGAAGGCAGAAUAUCUCAAUUUCUGUGAGGAAGAAGGAGAAAGAAUGAAAGUACUGAAGAGAGUUAAGGUUAAGUACCAUGGAUCAGUGGGUACAGAGAUUUGGCCAACGAAAAAGCCACAAGAAAGAAAGUUUGAGGUCGUGGGGAUGAAGAUGCUGAGGUGGAUGUGUGGAGUAACAAGACUAAAUAAGAUUAGGAACGAAAGGAUUAGAUGGACAGUGAAGGUUGAAAAGUUUUCAAAGAAAUGUCAGGAAAUUCCUCUUGGUUUUCUUGGUACAAAGCAGAAAGAUCCUUGGAGCAAUGAACCCAUUCCUGCUUCUGGAAGGUGUGAUCACCCUGGGAACCCAUUAAACCGACGAUUGACGUCAUAUCCCCGGGACACCCACUUCUCAGAGCUCCGUCUCGGGAUGUUCGACCACAGGGCUUACCUCGUCGCGCAUCCAUCGCAGACGUCAUGCUACAAUUAUGUUGGUAAUUAUGCUGCCUCAAAUGUUUAUAGCAGUGUAACAUGA